UUUAUAGGCGUUCCACGGUAGUUAAUAUUUUCUCUCUUCAACAGCGUAAACUUCUUUUUGUGUUACAGUCAUUGCCAAUUUGUUAUCGCGUAAAUACUUUGGUCGAGCAUAUAUGACCGCUGAGUAAUGCGGCAAUGCGGGCGGUAGAAGCUCAAAAUUAUAGCGCCAUAAUGCAGACAAGUACAUGUUUUUUGAUAACUUUCUUGAGCUGUUGCAUAUUGGCUGCAGUCGGAUCCUGCCCUAAAGAAUUUGCAAAUCUAGAGGAGUCGACGAUUGCGCAUGAAAACAUAUAUACUUACUCAAAUGUGAAGCCACCGAAUCCCACAGUGGGUCUGCUCUAUCCGCGUGAGUCAAAUACGAGAGAAGUGCGCUCUCUGGAUGGAAUAUGGAACCUGCUCAGAAGCAAUGCCAGCGAUCCGCUACAGGGCAUACGGGAAAAAUGGUACAAACAAAACAUUAGAGCGACGAAUCACGAAAUAACUUUAAUGCCUGUGCCAGCAUCUUACAACGACGUGACCGUAGACCAGCGACUACGAGACCAUGUGGGAACAGUUUGGUAUGAGCGACAUUUUUUUGUACCCAGCCGUUGGCGUAAGGAUCGCAUGCGCGUCUGGCUUCGCUUUGGUAGCAUUCACUACGAAGCUAUUGUUUGGAUCAAUGGUCAAACUACAAUGCGCCAUAGUUUUGGUCAUCUGCCGUUCGAAGUAGAGAUUAGCAGUUAUGUCAAUUACGGCAGCGAGAACCGCAUCACAAUCAUGGUUGACAACCGGCUCAACAAUCGCACCAUUCCUCAGGGUCAAGUGGUUAAGCAAGUCAAUGACAAUGGAUUCGCCUAUAUACAAACAUACACAUUCGACUUUUUCAACUAUGCCGGCAUCCAUCGUUCAGUACAUCUUUAUACAACUCCACCAACUUACAUAAGCGACGUGGAACUGAAAACGCAGGUCUCCAGAAAUCAAAUAGGCCGCAUUGAUUAUCGCUUGUGGCUUGGUAAUGCCGAAGUUUUGAAUGUGAAGUCUACCCAUGUGCUAGUAGAAUUGCUAGACAAAAAUGGAAAUGUUGCGGCUCAUCAAAUAAAUCGGGAUAUUCGCAAUGGUACUCUGCUUGUGCCAAAUGUAAAGCCUUGGUGGCCCUAUCUUAUGAACCCGGAUCCAGGAUACAUGUACACACUGGAAUUUCAGUUGAUCGCCGAAGGAGGAACCGAAGCAGAGCCAAAUAAUGAGCUGUUGGACGCCUAUCGACUGCCGGUUGGCAUUCGCAACCUCAGCUGGGACAAGGACGGUUUGUUCCUAAAUAACAAGCCGCUUUAUUUGCGCGGCUUUGGCAGGCACGAAGACUCGGAUAUUCGUGGUAAGGGCCUGGACAACGCGCUGCUCACGCGCGACUUUAGUCUACUGCGGUGGGUUGGAGCCAAUGCCUACCGCACCUCCCAUUAUCCCUACUCGGAGGAAUCCAUGCAGUUUGCAGAUCAGCAUGGCAUUAUGAUCAUUGACGAGUGCGCUAGUGUUAAUACGGAUUUGUUCGAGCCAGAGCUGUUGCUUAACCACAUGUCUUAUUUGGAGCAGCUUAUUCAUCGCGAUCGCAACCACGCCUCCGUGAUUGCCUGGUCGAUAGCGAAUGAGCCGCGCACAAAGAAAAAAGCGGCCGAAGCUUAUUUCGGCGCAUUGGCCAACUAUACAAGGGGCAUUGCCCAAGGACGUCCUCUAACGGCUGCUAGUAAUGUGGAUAAGCCUUCUGAGUGCAUGAUGUCACAAUUUUUGGACAUAAUUGGCUUUAAUCGUUACAAUGCCUGGUAUCACAAUGCAGGACGCACCGACAUGAUUGUGCAACCAAUGUACGACGAGGCCAAAAAUUGGCGAGAUCGGUAUAAGAAGCCGGUUAUUCUGUUUGAGUAUGGCGGUGAUACCAUUGAAGGAUAUCACACAUUGCCCGCAUUUAUCUGGUCGGAGGAAUAUCAGACGACGCUAUUUUCGAAACAUUUCAGGGCGUUUGAUCGAUUGCGAGAGCUUAAAUGGUUUAUUGGUGAAUUUGUCUGGAAUUUUGCCGAUUUCAAGACAGAGCAAGCUUUCACGCGUGUGGGGGGCAAUAAAAAGGGCGUUUUCACACGUAAUCGUCAACCCAAAGAUGCAGCGCAUCUGUUACGAAAGCGUUACCACGCACUUGCAUUGAAACUGGACAACGCCAGCUUGCCUGCUGAUCUCUUCGAUUACAUUAUUGACUGGAAUUAGUAUUCAUUCGCCUUAACU